AGUGACCCCAACCACACCAUGCAAACUAGCCAGGAAACGUUUUGUCUUCACAGAUCUGAGAGUCCCUGAGAACCCGGAGACAACACAGAGGCAGCAGGACACCAACAGAAGAGUCCCAGCAUCAGUUCCUGGCCAUAGAAGCCCUCCAGAGCAGCAGGCAGGACAGAACUCCCUUCAGCAAUCAGCCUGCCAGAGAAGCCUCUGCCCCUGUGGCAUGAGGAUCCACUUCUCCCAGGUGACACCAUGGGCAGGUGGGCUGAAGAAGUGCGAAGGUCAAAUCAACUGGCCCAGCCAGGAUACCUCUUUGAUGAUACAGGUGAUACAGGUCUAAACCUCCUCUCUUCCACAGGAGAAACUAAGUGGCCCAGAGGCUGUCCAGAGGUGGGGAUCUGCCACAGCAGCCAUCUUCCUGGGAGGUUCCCUUUAUUCCCCUUGGUGAACUCCCUCCAACACACACCUUACCAGGAAAGCACCCUUUGCCUUGCAUGGGAAGGGGAUCCCCCCACACCAAAACCCAGCCAAAGAAGCCUUUUGUUCCUUAAGGGAUAAGUUAUCAAAAGAAAAAACAAGCAAAAAGAUACACAAACAGUCACCCCCUAAAUUCUGUUAAGAAUGAGACAGUGCUGCCACUCACUCCUGGCUCAGGCACCAGCAAGAGGAGGGCACCCUCCAGAGACUGUAGAAGAAUGGAGAGGAGGACUCCUUGUCCUGGCUGCACCUCCACCAUUGUCACUGAGGCCUGCGGUACAGAACAGAACCAGCAGCUUCCUACCUACCCCAGGAAGGGCCAGGCCCCAAAGCGCUCCUGCUCCCCCUUUCUGGCCACCAGACUUGCUGCUGCUACCACCAUUAGCGCCGAUGCCAAAACAAGCAGCGCUGCUGUCACCUUCCAUGCACCUGCCCACCCUCCAGAGCUCCUACCACCUGGCCUCCAUGGAUGCCCUCCUGUCAAGCUGUAGUGUCCAUCGCCGCGGUCUCCAUCGCUGUCACCACCACAACCACAGGAGCCCAGGGAUGCAGGGAAGGCCCCAGCAAGUGACCAUACCAGCUGCUGCCCUUCUCCCUGGCCAUUGACACAUCUCAUUCAUCUCAGCAUCCCCAGAUGUUACGAGGAGGGCAGUGUGUAGCCAGCCCUGGCCUGGGAAUGCUAACCAACACAGGGCCCCUGGUGAUAGCUGUGGUCAGGGACAUGUCCACCGAUGUGGACAUUUUCAAGGACCUGCUGGACACUGGCUUCAAGAGGAAAGCGGCCGUGUACAUCAUCAUGGACGAGAGUAAAGUCAAGUACAUUCUGCACAUGUUUGAGUGGACUCACAUGCGCCUGGGGCACCUCAAGGUGAGCAGGCUCCUCACUUGCCUAUGUGGCUGGAUGGCAGGAGUCAUUCAGUCUGUCAAACUCUGCGAGUACCCGCCUGCUCUGGGCGAACUCCUGUGCCAGGCACUCAAAGAGUCCAGUAAUCUUGUAGCCUCUGCUUGAAUUCCCGGAGGGACAGGAUACUCACCAUCUCUGAUGGAACAAAGAUAAAGUAAACAUUGAUGAGGUGCUUGCUGACCAGGUGCUGGAGCUCAUGCCAAGUGCUGCAUCAUAUGUUAUUUCGGAGCAGCCCAUGCCACACUGGUUCCCUGUCUGCCUGCAUACCUCUGGUCAUCGUGUGCUCACUACAUCCUCAGGUAGCUCAUGGCCUAUCUGGAGAGCUUCAGUUCCCAGGAAGUUCUUUCUUGGGUUAAGCCAAAACCUGUCUCCUUAGAAUGUCCAUUUACUGGUUUUAGGAUCUGGCUCAGACAGAGGAAACUCCCCCUCAGGCUGAGGCCAGGGAAGGCUUCCCUGAUGUCUGCACAGUUGAGGUAGGUUUGAGGCACAAGAGCAGAGUAGAACCUUUA